GUGUAUUAACUAGGGUUGUGAGUGAUGAAACGUUUCAUUGAAACAAUGAAACUUUCAUUUGAAAGUUUCAAUGUUUCAUAAGCGAAAGUUUCAUUAAUUUCAUGAAACAUUGAAGAACCAAUAAUUAAGCUUUAUUUGCACAUGCGCAGUUGUCAGUUUAGGUUAGAUAAUCUCUAGAAAUUUUAGGUUAGUUCGAAACAAUUUAAUGAAAAUUUUUUGUUUACAUCCGAAAACACGAGAGUAGUUAUGUUAAUAUUAACUAAAAAUUACCUGAAAUAUUACCUCUAACGAGUGACUUAAAAUUAAAUUAUUAAUAUAUUUUUUAAUUAUUUAUUUUAUUUAUAAAAAUUAAAGAAAGAUAUUAAAGUAAGUAAUAAUACUUCAUGUUUUUGACAACAAAAUAUGCGUUAAUUAUUAUACUUUCUUGCAUUGAAUUUGAAAUUUCCCGCUUAAAACUUGAAACUUUGAAAUGUUUCAUGAAGCAAUGAAACUUUCAUGAAACAUUUCAUUUUCCAAAGUUUCAUGAAACUUCACAACCCUAGUAUUAACUGUGUCGCACCUAACCUUAAUUCAUUAUUAUUUUUCUCUUAUUUUGUCUAAUUAUAACUCAAAACUGUCACAAAUAUAAACAAAGUUUCCCCAUAGAACAAAAUUUGCACAAAGAAAUAUAAAGAUACGAAUUAAAAUUUUCUUUUUUCUGUCACUAAAUAAGAGAAAAAAAUUUUAUUGAGUGGAUCAUCUAUAUAUAUAAUUACAGUACGCUGACGCAGGUCAUCACACACAACAAUGAAAAAACCAUUGUUUGUGUGAAUACUCACAUUUUUUUUUUAAAACCAAGUGCAAAGUAAACAAGUUCUUUUUUUUCCAGUUUGAACAAAAAGAGAAUAAAAAAAAUUUUUUUUUGUUGCACAGCAUCUUAUGGAUCUAUUGUGUAUUCCGUCUGUGUUCACUUAUCUGUGAAAUUAUCUCGUCAUUGAUUUCAUUUCACCUGGUAAAGUGUCCCAGAAUCCAUCGAGACAAUUGUCGCAUUGUGCCAAAAACAAAAAAGAAAAAAAAAAUUUGUGAUUUAUUGAGUGCGCAUUAAAAAGAAGAAUUUGAAGUGAUCUUUUUUCUUUUCUUUUUCUCAGGUAAACGAAACGAGAAUUUAAAAAAUUUGCAAAUAUGCCUGAAAGUAGUGCUGUUUAUCAACCGACAACAGUGGGUUAUGCCUAUGAUAAUGGAAGGGAUCCUCGUAUCACCAGUGGUUUAAGGAGCAGUUUUUCCAGACUAUUUUCACGACAUAAAUUUAGCUCGAGAAAAUGGCUCGAGUGGCUUCUUUUGUCUGUUUCGUUUUGCAUUUUUGUCGCUGGCCUGACAGAAUUGAUUGUCCAUCUAGCCUCUGACGAUGAUUCAACAAUGAACAAAGCUCAGGAUACGGAGAAGAAGACGCCGCCAGUGAAAGAUGCGACGACGGAAGUUGAGGAACACGUGGGAAGUGGUUCGAGUGGAUCAUUGGCAGUGGGAGCAACAAUGAUGUUUUUUGGAUUAUUUUUGGGUAUUGCUUGGGUGUGGCUUCGAUUUUUCCGACGAAGCAAAUCUCCAAGGGGGGGAUUGAGUGGUGGUGGUGGUCAGUACGGACCAGUGCUCACGGAAUUGCCGAGUCAAAUAAAACUCAAGUCAUCGGAGGCACGAGAGACGCCGGUCACAUUACCAUUGUCGGAUCAGGAGGAGGAGACGCAUACACUUAUGCAAGAACCAUCAUCGCCACCGACAGCAUCAGGUGGCAAUAAUGUCGUCAUCACCAGUCAAAUACCAGGAUGAGUGAUGGUUCCAUAUUGCAAAACAAACGUCAAGUAUACAUAAAAGAAAACUUAUUUUUUUCUCUCAAAGAGAGGCCACCGGGCACCACCGGGCACUGAUUAUUUUUUUCCGCAGUUUGCAAUGCUGCUUCCUUUAACUUAUAUAGAAAAGUAGAUUCAAACUUCAAAAAAAAGACUUGAAGUUUGAAUUUGUCGAAAAAUCUUCAUCAGGAGCAUUAAUUCUAUGUAAAGAGAAAAAUUUACAUAACUUCUGCUCAAUAUAGUUCUUAGGCCAUUAGAUCAUUCGUUCAGAAUUAUUAUAGAUAUUAGAUAUCUGAUUUUCUUAUAAAUAUUCUCCAUAUUUCACACAAUAAAAACAUAAUUCGAUUUUUAGUUAGAAGCUAUUUUAGGAGUUUCUCAUUUAUGGGACAGUGAUUAGCUUGCAAUGUCUUGUUAUAAAAGUGAAAAAUAAUUGAGACGACAAAUACCAUUACUCUUAAUAAUGAAGCAUAGACAAUCGACAAAGUUCUGCAAGACAAAGUUAGGUUGUACAGAUGAAAUACUUCCCCUUUCGAUUAAUAUUAUGUUUGAAUAUUUUUAGUUUUGUAAUGCAGAUUCUUUUGUCAUUGUCUUAUCUCUUUCAUGCAAUUUUCCUUUCAAUUUGCACACAGUGCACUCUAUAUAAUAAUAAUAAUUUUAGCUUCGAAUUUUUUAGAAUUUAAGAAUGCCUACAUACAUCACAAUUACCGAGAGCUUUCAUUCGCUGACUCUCAAAACCCUGACGUGAAUAUUAAUUUUCUAUAAAUUAUAACACGACAGUUUUUAUUUAUUUUUUACUUAAAUUCAUGUUUUUAAAACAUGAAAAAGUUUCUAAUUUUCAAAUUGGAUUCUUUAGUAACUUUUUUUAUAUUAAUAAAAAAAUUUAUUUAAAUUUUAGUACGUUUUUUUAUUUAGUUUGUGGCCGACUUUAUUUCUAGAAAUAAAAAUUGAGUUCCGCUGUCGAUUGCCCAAACUGUUUAUAUAAAUUGACUGAGUAUUUUUUAUUCUUUUAUUGUAGAAUUCUUAAGAUUUACUUUUCAUUCAUAUUUCGUUAAAUUAAAAUUUCAAUGAUAAGACAUAUUAAUACAAUAAUUUAUCCACAGCUUUUUACAACUGUGCGAUCUCCCCCCCACAUGACUAUACAAGAUUUUUCUACUCCACAAUUUUUCGCACCUUCUACAAUUGAAAAAAAUGCCUAAACUAAUUUUCUUUUCCUUUUUCUUACUAACUAACGAAAAAUUUUCAUCUAAUUUUUAAACUUGAAUCAGAUUCGUACGUCCACAAAUGAUUUUUUUAACUCCGUCCAAACAACGAUUUUAUAAAAGAGAGAAAACUUGCGAAUAUCUCUCGACAAUUAUUUGUAAAAUCAUUAAAUUUUCAUUUAUAAUCUAUAAACAUUAUAUAUAUCUUCAAAAUAUUUAUAAGAAUUGUCACAUUUUUUCCAGUAAAAAAACUAUGAGGAUUAAUCAUAAUUCAAAAAUCUAUUGUAAUAAAUUGCACAAUAUUUCACAUA